UCUGAAAGGACCAACCCGGAAGUUAUUGAAUAUAAAGCAUGUGUACCCUGAAGUUUGUCUCUUUCUCCGUCAUAAUACCAGUUUAAUGCUAACAGUGAGGCAUGAACAGCUGCUCUAAAGUAACCCGUAGACUAGGACGGGGUCUAGGCCGGACCAUGAUCCCCGGACAGCGGAAAACCUGCUGCCGGUGUCUGGGAGCAGCACUGUCCUUCACCCGGAGUCAGACAACCGCCGCCGAACCCACCGAAGGCCCCGACACGGGUGAGAAACCCCGGCUGAGGGCGAUCGACCUGGCCCGGAAGGUCCAGCAGGAGACGGAGAAACCGGUCCAUGAAGAACCUCCGAAGUCUCCUCAGCAGAAAAGACUGAAUGAGCUGAAGAGAUUCAGUCAGCAGCUCCAGAAGGUUCAUCCUAAUGUUCUGGCCAAACAUCUCCACAAGAGCCUACUGUACCAGGAUGAAGAUGUGGUGAUCAUCAACAAACCCUACGGUGUCCCUCUCAGAGGUAGAGCAGCCGAACCAAAGCCGAACCAAAGAGUUAACACUGGACAUUAUUGUCAUACAGUUAGAUAACGAAUAUUGUGUUUUUUAAUGACAAAUAUCAUGUGUUUAAAUCUGUUCUGUGGAGUUUUUGGCUGUUUAUCAUGAGCACUCUGGAACUAUCGUUGAUGCCUCAUGUAAUAGAGACCAGAAGGUUAUGAAUUUCUAUUAAGUAAUUCCACCAAACAUCAUUUUAACUUUGACUCAUUUCUUUAGCAAAGAGACUAAACACAACUCACCUACUCUCUUCCAGCAGACGCUUGUUUGUAGGGAGACCUUGGUCCAGUCCAUUACGGACUACAGCGGGGUGACGCAGCUCAAGGGAGAACAUUUAUAAUCAUUUCUUCAUGGAAAUACAUUCAGACUGAGACGCUAAGACAGAAGAACUACAGCGUCUGUAAAAUGAUGAAUAUGAUGAUUAUUACUUCAAGGAAAUGAUAAAGAAAUGAUCAUAAAUGUUCUUCCUUGAGCUGCGGCACCCCGCUGUAGUCUGUAAUGGACUGACCUGAGGUCUCUACAAACAAGCAGCUGCUGGAAGAGAGUAGGUGAGUUGUGUUUAAUCUCUUUGUGAAAGAAAUUAGGCGAAGUUCAAAAGAUGGUGUUACGGUGUGUUUGACCCUAAAUUAAUUUUACGCUGGAAUAUCCCUUGAAGAAGUCAUUAUGAGGUUUCAAGGCAUAAAACACUCGUUAUUGAUAUCAGCAAAGACAGAAGAUCUAGAGGUUUGCUCAGAGUGGGCGCCAAAAUCACCACAAACAUAAUUACUCACUGGAGCUUUAAAGGUUAAAGAUUGUAUUUGGGAUUCCUCAAGAGCUUACAGUUUGGCUAAUAAUCAGCCGAUUGAUUAAGUUGUUGAGUCAUAAUUGUUAAUAAAUCAUUCACUGAAUUUUGAUAUGUAGAUUAUAACACUUACUGUGGGAAAACUUUAUCCCAUUUCUGUGAUUGAUUCAUCAGUUUUAUAUCUUUCUAAGUGACGGGCUACAUUUAGAAAAUUUAGGGACACAAAAUAAUGUAUUUCAUCAUCCAAGCUGAACGGUGUACUCAAAUGAACUUGUGUAAACUCAAAAAUAAAUCUCAUAUCUAUAUUGAUUUGUCUCCUAGAGGACCCAAGAGUCACUUCCAUCUCCUCUGUGCUUCCUAUUCUCUCCAAAAUGAUGGAUGGGAUGAAGGUAAAAUCUCACUCUCAACUUCUUCCCUGUCUGGGAUUGGAGAAGGAAACAUCAGGAGCCCUUCUGCUGGCCAGGAGGGAAGAAGUUGUGGAACAUGUACUUGAGCUGAACAGAAAUAACCAAAUACAGAGGAAGUUCUGGUGAGUCCACAGAGAAAGCUCUAAAAGAGAGCUGAAAUACUGUGUCUGAUGUGUCCCUGUGACUUAAAUUAACAUGAAGAUGUUGACAAUCACUUCCUUAGGGUCGUCACAGUUGGUGUUCCUGUACCAGCUGAAGGAGUGAUUGACAUCCCGAUCAUAGAGAGGGGGGUCACAGGCACUCAGCCACACUAUAAGGUACCUCCUCCUCCUCCUCUUCAUAUGUGGAUUUGAUGUUGAAGGGUUCAGCUGCUGACUGUAUGACACCUCAUGUUUGCCACUUUAAAAAAUUUCAGAUGGCUUUAAGUCCUCGUUUCAAAAUGAAGGAUGCAGGGGAUGGUGUGGUCAAAGUCCGUGCCAACAGGCAAGCUCACUCUGCAGCAACCAAGUACAGAGUCCUAGACAGCAGCUGUGGUUGUAGUCUUGUGGAGCUUCAGCCUUUCACAGGUAAGAGGACUGAGCCUACAGUAGGAAACCCCCGCUGAAUGAUCUGGUAAAUCUGCUUUUUAAUUGUUUUCUACUUUCUUGCUUUCCUGUGUGAACAGGAGUGAAACACCAAGUGAGAGUUCAUUUGGCAUAUGCCCUGUCAUGCCCUGUUCUUGGUGACCACAAGUAUUCCCACUGGGACAAACUGGCUCCACAGGUGAGAUGUCUCCAACCUCAUGAGUCCAGAAUGAGAAAGGAAGAGUGUUUGUAUUAUAAAUGAGCUGGUACUAACAAUAUGACAAUCUGUCUGUGCUAAUUUUACAUGUUUUGUUAUGAUUCAUUUGUAAAAUGCUUUUUUCUUUUAUGCUUAGAAAUUACCUGAGCGUGUGCUGGGAAAGCUUGGACUGGAGCAGAGCAAGAUUCGCCACCUUCCUCUUCAUGUACUUGCUCGACAGCUGAUUCUGCCGGGAACCAAACGAGCUGAGAUCAGCGUAACCUGUCCCCUGCCUAAAUACUUCACACAAACGUUAAAUAGAUUAUAUUUAACAGUUCCUGAAAAAACUGACUAACUCACCACCUCUUUGAAUAAGUCCAGUUCUAGAUUUUUUUAGUUUUUCAUACCUGUUAAAUGCUGAAGGGCUCUCUGUACAUCUGGAUAUUUGAGGACAUGUAACCAAACACAAAACUGUCUGUAAAAAAAGUGACUGUACGGUAUUCAGCAACUAAUUUAAGUAUGAAAUAUCAAUUAAAAGAGUUAUCUUCUAUUUUUGACAAUAGCUGCUUGUUUACUACAAGAAUUUAUCACCAAGAGACCAGGAACCUUUUAAGGAACUGUUGUCUGAUAGCAUUUUGUUUUUGCCGUGGCAACUUUUCAUUGUGUAAAGAAAAUCUUUGUUUACAUUUAUGUGCAGCUGUUCAAAGUUGUGUUAAAUUUCCAUCCACAUACACAUAUAUUUACGAUAUGUGUGUGUGUGUGUGUGUGUGUUGAAGACCUCUGCCUACAGGGUUAUCUACUGCACUAUCUACUUUUCCUAAAGGUAUAGGAAUUUAAGGAUAAGGUUUGCAUCACUGAACAUGUAUCAUUUGUCAAAUACACAUUUUAAUGUUUGCAGCCUUUCAGAAAAUCAGCAGUCACCUACAUGGGUAGUUUUAUGGUUUCCCCUGCAUUAGAAUACAGAAGACAGCAGACAGUAAUGAACCUUCACCAAACUCUGGGCCCUGUUAAGCACUUAGCACUGUUCUUCUAAAUUUAAGUGUAAUUCAUGAGAGGUACCACAAGGCUUUGAAUGGUCUCCCUAUGACAAGUCCUGCUGUUAAGGCCUAUAUGUCGACAUUACAGGACUUGCAAGUAUGACACAGCGCUUUGUUGAAACAAUUAUAAAACUGUGUCAGCUAGACCAAGGUGUCUGCAUGUCCCUUUUAAUGAUGGACAAUACAUACAUACAUGAAACGGUUGGCAAAUAAACCCUCGGUGGGGCUUUCAGUCACUAGCUUACACCUGAGAAAA